CGGCGAUUGUUGUUGGUUGUGAUAGAAGGUUGUGUGUCCAUCGAGAGCUCUUGUGUCGCGUCGUCGCCGUUCCGUGAGAGCCAACGACCGUCGCGAAGAGCGCGUGAGAACGAGACGGAAUAAAGGUGAGCGAGUAACAACGCGAGCGAAACGAGGAGCGUCAUCGUGUUUGCAGUCUCCUAGCAAGCGGGGACAAUGAAAUUCCAGUACAAGGAGGAACAUCCGUUUGAGAAGCGGAAGGCCGAAGGCGAGAAAAUCCGACGGAAAUAUCCGGAUCGGGUGCCCGUUAUAGUGGAGAAAGCGCCUAAAGCAAAGAUCAGUGACUUGGAUAAGCAGAAAUACUUGGUACCUUCUGACUUGACUGUCGGCCAAUUUUACUUUUUAAUUCGUAAGAGGAUUCACUUACGUCCUGAAGACGCUCUGUUUUUCUUUGUCAACAACAUCAUUCCACCAACGAGUGCUACCAUGGGUUCUCUUUACGCGGAACAUCAUGAAGAGGAUUUCUUCCUAUACAUAGCAUACAGCGAUGAAAAUGUUUAUGGUCAUUAAACUUCUGGGAUGCAAAUGCCAAAACAACAAAGGAUUCAACAACAAAAAUCUACCAUCUCAAUGUAGUCUUCAUAGACGCUUUCGAAAACCAUACAAAAUUACAGCUAUCGACACUUUGUGAAAAAUUUUAUGUCUUGACGCUGCACGCUACGUUUGCUUCCUCCAAAGAACUACACACAACUGUCCUUUGACGAUAAGAAUGCUUCUUGUCAAUUCCAUUCUUUGUCUGACAUCUAAGAGGGCUUAGUUCACUAUAGGAUGACUAAAAUAUGCAAUCUGUGCAAAAUUAUGUGUAAUGUUUAGCCUGGCCAUUAAAAAAAAGAGAAAAAAUAAUGAAGCCAAAAAAAAGUCUUUGUAUCGCCAAAUAUCACUAAAUAUUUGCUGUCAUGUAUUAUUAUGUUUUACUGCACAUUACAAUCAUAACGUUCGCGCUGAAAUAAUAGUAGAAAUCAUACCGUCAUAAAUUGGAAGUAUGGUAUAGAUGACAGGAUACUCUGUACGUGAUAUCAUUUCCAUCAAUUUAGGUUAGUAUUAUUAUAAUAUAUUUACGUGAUUUUAAUGUUAUUAUCAUUGAAAGAGCGAAGAGAAAUUGUUGGAUAUGCGAGCAUGAAGAAAAAUUUUCUGUAACGGCUGCAGGAUGUAAGGCCAAUAAAAAAAAAGUUAAAACGCGA